AUGCCCACUGAGCCAAGCAUGCUUACGUUAUGUCGACAGGCAGUGAAUUUUUCUGGGAAACUGAACACUGGUGUGUAUCAUGUCAUGGUUUGGUUUCAGAACCGGCGGACCAAAUGGCGUAAAAAGAAUGCGGCCGAUAUGGUCACUCCAAGAUCAAAAUCCACACAUGACGGUGCCAUAUCAAUGGGCAAUCCUGCCUUACGCUCCUCGACCGACACCUAUUGCGCAGAUAAUAUGGAAGCGGGUAGUGGAAGUUUGAGCGGUGAAGAAGCUGCAUCCACAGAUGAUAUGUCCGAGCAACGAUUGAUGAGAUCACAAACUACGGACGACUAUACAGGUCCUGUGAUAAAUCGCUUAACAGAUCCCCGAUAUUCGGACAACACAGUGGAACGUCGCUCGUGCGGACCCACAGAAUCAAAACAAUCAACAUCCGCUAGUCUAUUAAGCACCCCAGCAAAUUCUUCCAUCGUAUCGAAGGAGUUCCCAUGGAAUGAAUNGAAUGAAUCGAAGGAAUUAAAACAACUAGAAACUCCGUCCAAAUUUUAUUCCCCUCCCACCGUACAGUUUCCAUCGCAUCUGAAUCUCACGGGUUCAUCUAGUCCAUGUUCCAGUACGCUGUCGAGGCAUACAAUGAACAUGCAUCCGUUGGAGAAUGUGGCCGGUUUUAAUCCGGCAUUUUUAAACCUAUUCUCAGCUGCUUUUAACUUGAACGAUCCAAGACACAAUGUGGACGCUGGAUUCGCACGGCAGAAAUCUGCUGCUGCUCCGGCUACUGGCCCCCUACCGAUAUCGCUCAGCAUGUCCAAUCCAAUGUCUUUCUGUCCUGGUUCACAGAUGAAAGCUCCGUCAGAUAAAAUGAAUCAGUCACGGCGCGCUGACGAACAAUCCACCAGCCACGCGGGACUAUCCAAUCCGGGUGAAAGUCAUCUACACGCGGCAACGCCAGAUCCGAGUAACCCCAACCUGACCGAGACACAAGCAAUAUGCGAUAAGUCACCUUCCAGACUGACACAAAUAUUCACUCCGUCUUGUUGA